GGAUAUGUGAAUGAGAGUGUGAGAGAGCUAGAGAGAGAGAGAGAGAGAGAAGUGUGUGUGUGUAUGUAUAACUGCCUGACUAACUGAGAGUGUGUGUGUGUGUGUGUGUGUGUGUCAGUGAGUGCCAUGGCCCUGUGUGGCGAUACAUGGCCCUGGGGAGUGGCACCCUUGUUUGGCCUGGCCUGCGUGCUGCCACUAGACACUUACGGCACCAGAUUCGGAGUUUGGGGAGGGUCGGGGGACAGGGGAAGGGAGUGCCACCCCCCUAUGCUGCCACUAUGCUGGAGAGGUUAGGGUGGGUGCCGCCUGGGUGCCGCGCUGCCCUCCUGCAGUCCCUGGCACCGGCACUGGAGGCAGCAGCAAGGCGGUGUCACUCGGAGGCACUGUUGGACCUGUUGGAUGAUGUGGCACUGGUUCUUCUGGCACCUUCGGCACACUCCCUCCAUGUGGACAGGUACACCUUCCCGACACGGCGACCGGAGAGGUACCUGGCGGCACUCUCGGCAGCGCGGGGCCUGGCGGUGUUUGAGAGUCGAGGGGCGGCACUGUGGAAGAGACAGACGGCACCGCUCACCACUCUGGCAACGGCACUCACCAACAUGACCAGGACUGAGGCGACUCCAGCUGCGCCACCUUCAUCUGGUGAGAUGGGAGCGUUCCUUGAGGGGCUGGUGGAAGGCUGCCCCCUCCUUGCCGAACUGGACUUGAAGAGCAGCACUGUGACCGACUCCUGCCUGCCCCCCCUCCACCACCUCCCCCACCUCACACACCUCAACCUCAACCUCACCCGCAUCACCCUCCAGGGCGUCGAGGGGCUGCUCAAGGGCGACACUCCCUUCAGAAGACUGGAGACUGUUGUUUAUGAGGGUGGUGGUGGUGGUGGUGUGGUAGAGUGCUCAAGACAGUUAGUUGAUUUGCAGGUCACAGCGAUUUUAAACCUCCACCACCACCACCACCACCACCGGACCCUACCACGCACAUCUUACACCCUCACUGCCUCCCCUGGCGCGGGUGUGGCAGGGGUGGUGUGUGCGGCGUGCCCUGAGCUGGAGCGGGUGGCAGUGUGGGGGUGUCCUGCGGUGGCCCUGAAGCCCUUAAUACAGGAACUAGGGGUCUUAAAGGGACUGGAGGCAAUUUACUUCUGUAAUUUGGAGUGGUGUGUGUUCUCAGCCCAUGUCGCAGUAAAUGAUGAGCCCAUGCCGCUGAGUAGACAGGUGUGUGGUGUGAAAGAAAUAACCCUCUCAGACACAUCCCAGGUGGACGGGGCUCACCUGGGGGCGCUGGGCAUCUGCUUUCGUCUCACACACCUGCGGGUCACGGCGGCGGGGGGGCGCCCCGCUGCCCUGGGAUGGGGCCGGGUGUUUAGUGACCUCCUGCACCUGGAAUAUGAGGGUGACCUGUGUGUGGGGGACUUUGGAAGGUGGCAGAGACAGCAGGGCCUCCACAGCCAACUUGACGUCCUGCUGGGCUGGUGUGAGGGACUCAGGAGCCUCACCCUCUACACCACCACUGCAGAGGAGCCUACGCUUCUCUCCGCCCUCCGUCACAACCACCUGCGUCACCUGGAGGAGCUGCGAAUAGGGGUGACCGGGGGAGGGGCGACCCUGAGCUGUGCCUCCAUCAGGGCCAUCCUCAGGGGCGCCACAGACCUGAGGGUGCUGGGCAGGGCAGACUGGUGGAAGGGUAUUGCCAGGGGGGAGAGAAGGGCCCUGCUGGUGGAGCUGAGAAAGAGAUUCAGAAGACUGGAAGUUUUUGGGAAGGAAGAAGAGGAAGAGGAGGAGGAAGAGGAAGAGGAGGAGGGAAGACCUGAUUUAGAAGAAGACCCUGAACCACUUAGAUUUCUAGACCCUGAUGAGUGGUAGUAGUAGUAGUAGUAGUAGUAGUAGUGGUUGUUGUAGUAGUGAUGGUUGUAAUAGUAGUAGUAGUAGUAGUAGCAGUAGGAGGAGGAGGAGUGAGAAUGGUUGUAGUAGUAGUAGUAGUAGUAAUAGUAGCAGCAGUAGUAGUGGUUGUAUUAGUAGUAGUAGUGGUAGUGGUGUUGGUUGGUAGAAAUGAUGGUGGAGAUAGUAGUUGUAAUAGUAGUAGUAGUAGUAGUAGUAGUAGAUAGUUGUUGUUGUUGCUCUUUUCAUUACGCUUAUAUCUAUAGAAAUUACUAUUAUUACUAUUAUUAUUAUUAUUAUUAUUAUUAUUUACUUUCCGUCACUGCCAAGCUUCAUUGCCAAAUAAAUUACAAAUAGAUAGAUAAAUAAAUGUCAACUAGAAAUAUUACUAACUAUUA